GUAAAAACAACACUUGCAGACAAGACACCAUACAACUAGCCAUUAGAGGGAUAUAUACAUCGCGAAAUAUAGUGUCCAAAUCAUGAUCACUUGCGUGAUUGCUACUAUUAGCUGAAUGAAAUAUAUAUUUACUACGAAUUUAUUAUACUGUAAAUUGUAAAUGUAGGUGUGGUAAAUGAAAGUUGAGCCCUAGAAGUAGGAGUGGACGGAAGGUUUAGUAGAAAUUGAGGGAAUAUGAUGAGGUGGUGUGGAAAUGCUUAUGCAAGUGCAAGCGUGCCAUUAUGGAGAUGGAAACUGUGCGACUGUUACGCUUACACUUACACUUACACUUACACUUACAUAGAAUUGGUUUCGCUCAAGCGCAACCGCAAUCGCAAUCUCAAUCUCAAUCUCAAUGGGAAGAAGCUAUUUUGUCGAAAAAGGGCAAAUACAAAUUCUUCUUCAUCUGAAAUUGACUUCGAUCCUGAGCUGCGGUCAGUGCUUGAACUUGCAACGGAGUCGGAGCUGUGUGAAAUUGAAAGAAUCCUCUUCGGCCCGAGCUACUUGAGUCCUUUGCUCAAAUCCGUCACAUUAACAACAACCACCCUGGAGGACCUGGAGCCAUCCAUGAUUGAACAUGACAUUCAACUACGCCAACAAUUUAUAGCCACUCUCGAGUCCCGCUUUUUCUUUCUUGCAGCUGAUGCCCGCUCAACAUUAAGGGGUUGGAGGCCAUCUUAUAGAAAUGUCUUGCUUCACCUAAGGACAAAAUUCAAUAUUCCCUGCUCAACCCAACUCUCAACUCAGGACCUUGAACUAGAAAUAUUCCUCCACCUUUUACACUACAACUCAACUCAAGAAUCAGGAUCCACCGCAUCUGAUGGUCAGGGCACUCUACAACAUGGACUCGAUCAAUGGAAAAUGCAGUCAAAAGUUGGUGCACAAGACUUUCAAUCUAUUGUUUUGAAGGGAGGUGGUAUAUUUACGUUCUCAAAGAUAUAUCAAUUGUUAGCGAGGAAAUUAUCUGGGAAAAUGGUUGUAGAAGCUGCUAACUACCAGGUUAAGAAAGAGUUAAUAAAGAAGGGUGGGCAGUUAGUUAUGAUCAAUCUAGAAUCCAGAGCAGCUUUGCUUGCAGCAAAACAGGCUUUGGGGAACAUUUCUGGCUGAUCUUGUCAUUCAAAUGCUGGGAACAGAUUAUGCUAGAAUCUUGCGAACAAUUUAUGCUUUGGCUCAGGCAAUAUUUAAAUGCUCUGUUCAUUCUUGCCUGCCCAACUUGAUAUGAUUUGCUUUUUGUUGUGCUUAUUUAGGGAUUUAUUUAGUGCACUUGUGAUCUUAAGAUAAAAUUGUUGAUCUUUGGGGCAAAAGAUGGUAUUGGCAUUUAUCUGUUUAAUGUGUACAAUAACAUGAUUAUUUUGCCUAUUAUAGUUGAUCAUCAUGUAUGUGAUAGAAUAAGUGUCUUUUGUACAUGUACGUUAUAUUUUGUUUUUACUUUUGAAGCAAAAUGCUGUCAGGUGCAUCUUUUGAAUUUAAAUUUUCAUGCAAAAGCAUCCAACUACGAGUGAUAUUGAGAUAAUGCCAAAGAAUUAUGAUUAGAUAGGAGCAUUACUUGCAAGUUUUCUGACUUCUUUUUUUGGUUCUUUGUUUUUGCUUCAGAUUCGAGUCUUCCGCACAUAUAGGCUGCCAUCUGAUGUUGCUGAGGAAUAGUUAAGUGGUUCCUUUUAUGGGUGGGUGGUGGUUGGGGGAAUAUGUUGGAUUUUGAGCUAGUUAAAGCUUUCGGAGAAAAGUAACUUGUAGAUAAACAGUUCCAAAAUAACACAAGCACCACCCUUAAAAUUUGUAAAUAUCUAUUGGUUUUUAUGCAUAAUUUUUUGCUACUGAAUUAAGUCCUUCCUCUGAAAAUAUAUUGGUUUUUAGUGAAUAA